GAAAGAGUUCUACACAUUAAAUUUAAAUGAAUAUUAUUUAUUGCAUUGCAAGGCCAAAAUCAAAAUCAAAGGCCGCAAAGGUCUCUCUUAUUACUAAGAUAUAAAAAUAAUAAGCUCCGUUUGGAUUGAACUGUAUGGACCAUGGAUCUCUCUUCCGUGUUUGAGUGAGCUGGUGUUUUUUUUUUCUUUCUAAUUACACCCUAUAUCAUGGCUAUUCCGAACUAUUCGUUGUACUGUACUGUAAAGUAAUAAUUGGACUUUUGGUAAGCUCCUCCUAAGCCUAAACUAAUAAGAAAGUAUUAUUUUAUUAUAUAUUAUAAGUGUCUAAAUAAAAUAGUCUUAAGACUAAAGGUGCUAAGACUGUCUAAAACUAACGUCAGUAAUGUCAAAAUCAGUCUAAAUUAAAAGCGUUUUUUUUUUCAAUAUCUCCCGGUUAGGGUUAGUUGCAGUUACUAAAAUGUGAAAUAAAUGUAGUGGUGCCUUGAGAAUGCUUAAACUUAAAGUGUAAGACAGUGCUUGCCAAUUUUUUGGCUGGUAGGCUAAUAGUGGGCAACACACUUUUCGGAUAUUCAUCAUUUGCAACCCAGGAAGUCGUUUUUUUACCAUGCCAUUAUGCUAAUAAGGCUAAUACUAAUACCAGCCCUUUUAAUAUGAUAUAUCUUUUAUGACAAUCAGACAAUGUUUAGAUUUAGAUUUUAAGUUUAAGUCAAUUUUAUGGUGUAUGUCUUAAAAUGAGUUAAUUCAACUCCCCCAGUAUAAAGAUACAUACAUGAACAUAAUAGUGUGAGUAUAGUAACAAUGGCCAAUGGUCCACAAUUAUUGAACUAUUAAUAGACUAUUAUCCCAUUUGAGCUUCGGCUCAGCUUACAAUACAAUCUCAUGUAAUUCAGAAAAGGGUCACCAAAAUCCUCUUUUACUGAUCCACCCCGAGCAGCAUUUUUUUCUAAAUAUUCACGGCUUGACGGGCACCAUUUUCAUGCUUCACCCUGGGUGCCGCUUUUCCUCUGCACAGCCCUGAUGUCUUGCUACCAACCUCAUCAGAGAAAAUGAAUGUAUCAGCUUUUAAAUUAUGAUCCCAUUUUUUCAUGAAUAUUUGCACAAUCAAGAUUGAAAUGGUCCUUUUUUAUAUAAUUUACCAUUUGAACUAGGUUGUCAAUACAUUCUUAAUUCAUUUUAAGUGGGGUUUUUCUUCACCCUGCAGGCAAGACACCACUGUAUCACAACACACAAUUUGGAAAGCACUGGCUUAAGUACAUGUGUAAUAGAGCUACUGAGCUUAAUAAUUUGGUGCAGGUUACUAGAUUUUACUAGUUCUGGCUGAUUGCUACGAUGUGUUACAAUCUGUGACUGCUGUAAUCUAAGAAAAACAAGAUAAUGUUAUUCUAAAAAUGUGUACCAAUACCCGGGCUAUCCCGGAAUGUGAAAAUUUACCAGGAAGUCUUUUGUUUACUAAAAAUUAUUCAGAAUCCCAGGUUUCCAGAAGAGAAACCCUAGUUGGCACCCUGGGGAGCAACAGCAUUUGCACGCUCUGGGGUGUCUACACAAGGGGGGGAAACAGACCUGUUUGCUCUAACGAUUUUGGUGUUCUGGUACAGUAAACAAUUUUGAGAUGUAUUUUACAAUUCUAUGCCAAGACCUGUCAGAAUUACGAUUUUAAGAGACCAGGUGAAAAAUAUAUCCAUUAAGGUUGUUUUUCUGAGUAAAAGAAAAAUAUUAAAAUUAAAAAGUACAUUUUCAGUUGUUAGUUUUCAAUGGCAUUCUACAUGCAUCGGUGAAUGAAUCAAGAAAUACAAUUGGUUGGGGACCAUCUAUAAUCACAUUAUGUUUGCCCUGAGUGGGGAAUGGGGUGAUUUUGAUUUAGGAGAUUUUAUGUAGGAGGUUUGGGUCUAAAUAUUUAUUUCUAUUACAUUUUGGUAAUGAUAGUGGUGGUGAUCAUAUUGUUGCUUUGUGUUUUCAGAAUGAACUCGCUAGACAGGACAACUGUAAUAUAAGCGAAGUCGACCUAGUGACAAUUUUAGUCAUUCCUCAUGUUUGUUUGAUUCGGUGCUGUAUGACGUAAUUUUGUGACAUACUUAUUUUGUUCUGCUGAACUACAGCAAGUCAGAAACUGGGAAAACUAGAGAAUUCUUAACUGUUCCACACAGCAACAUGGCAUUUCAAAAUAUUUUAUAGGAUCUGAGAGGGCCUCUCAAAUCUACUUUUAGAAUUUUGUAAAGAAAAAAAGCUAUUUUCAUUGUCAGCAACAUAUCUCAUUAUUACUUGUCUUGGUUGGAUAAUGCUGUGGAUAGAAGAACUCCAACCUCUCAGGAGUUGACACAUUUUCACGACCCAUCCAUCCAAAAAACUACUGUUAGAUUUGAGCUUAAGUUUCAUUACAAUUACAAUUACAGAGGCAUUAGUGUUUUUUUUUAACUGAAUAUAAUUUAUUUCAUCCACAGUUGAAGAAAAGAUGAUUUUAAAAAAGAAGUGAGAAGAAAAUCGAUCAAUAUGUUGAAAGGCAGUCACCUUGUUAAAACUUUAGCCUCUGUUAUAAUCCCAGCACUACUUUUUGCUCUGUUGACAUUCCAGUUCUAUAGAUGCAGAAGCAUAUUAGUCCUUAGAAAUUCAUAUUUAUUAGAAACCUUACCCAGCAGUACAGAGUGGGUAUGGGACGUUUUGAGUGGUAGUCAAAAUAUGGAUUUUUUAAAUCAAAAUGAGAAGCCUAAUCAGUUGUUAAUUGCUAGAAAAGUCAAGACAACACCCCAGACAAGUUACCACAAGUCAGUUUUGCUUCCUGGAUUACCAUCUUUGACUGUUCACUAUCUAUGGUGUGUUGACAGCCACUUUGAAAUUAGCCACUAUAUUUCUAUACUCAGUGUGAUCCAUCAGCUUAGGCCAGACAAAAUUGUAAUACACUAUCGAGUGAAGCCUAGGAAUGACCCACAAGGUUACUGGCGGUGGCUGGAAGACCUCCAGAGAAAUGUUAUAAUGUUGAGUCUACGACCUCUAACAAAUCCAAAACACUGCAGCCAUGAACUGUCAGCAGGUGUUAUCCAAGACAAUUAUGACUUUACAGAUCCUCAUGGAGUGUAUUUGCUUGGCGAUAUAGCUCUCACCAAUUUAAGCAGAUCAGAUAUAAUUGACAUUAUGACUAAGUCAUUUUCCAGUCAAACACCAUCUCAUUUAAAAACAUUACCAUCUGUCAGUGAAGAAGAAUUAAGUAAAAGUCAAGUGUUUAUUGUGGCAGAAAAUGAUCCUUAUCAUAUAAGUCAAAGCCCAGGUCGUGCUGUUCUAUCAUGCCCAGCAUUGUCUCUUGAUGAAACCAUGAAACAGGAUAACUAUAUUCAGUGCAUCAGCAUGAACACUUUCAUAGAUCUGGAUAAUCUUUUUAAAAAGGAUACUGCUUUUUAUCGCUUUGCAAGAACUAUUAUGUAUAGUUCGCCUAGUCCAAUACAGGUUGAAAUUAGUUCCUCAGUGCAAAUUCCAAACAUUGUUCACAUCAUUUUAAACAGUGAGACAAUGGAUUUGACUCCUUUGUUAUACAUCGGGAUCAAGAGUGCAUUCAUUAGGGGCAAAGUGGAUCAAGUGUUCAUUCAUGGACCAAAGCAACCAACUGGUGCUUUGUGGGAAAAACUCCAUACUCAUGAUGAAUUAAAAGUUCAUUAUAUUUCUGUAUCUAAAGAACAACUUGGCUCUAAAAAUUCUUUAAUGAUUUAUGCGCUGUAUGUCACUCUUCAAUAUGGAGGAAUAAUUCAUUUUGGUGACAUUGUUUUUUUAGAUUCUAUUCCAAUCAAAGCCCGACACACCCCUGCUGUAUUCACCCUUCACUACAGUGCAUAUAAACUACGUCAUCGAUCAACAAAUACUGCAAUUUUUGCAGCUGCAAAAGGCUCUGAAUAUAUUGAAUAUAUUUUAGCUGUGUUGAAGCAGGCAGAACAGAUGUGGCCUGAUGCACGGACUGAUGAUAUUGCCACACAUAUUGCAGAGUUGCACCCAAAGUCUGUCCUCCUUGAUUCAAAAUUGACCUCACAUCAGAAUUGUAAAGACAAGUCCUGUCAAGUUGCCGGUGGUCAUGAACAUCCAAGACAUGCGUAUACUACUAGAUUAGUAUGGGAGGAUAAUCAACCAAACACACUGGAAAUGCUGAAACAAAUGCAAGGACCAUCCCGAAAUGAUGUCAGUCAAAUAAUUGAUAGCCCUCCUAUUCAUCAUGGUACAGACAUAAAAAAACAAAAUUAACCAGAUUCUAAUUACUUAAUCUGAUAUCAUUCAAAAGCAUUCCAUUUAUACCAUAUUAUUAAAGAAUUAACCAUUUUUAAAUUAUUAUUAUUUUUCUAUACCAGGUAUUGUAGUUUCCCAAAUUCAUUUGCAAACAAAUCUAUGGUUUAUACUUGAGUUUUAUAAUAACUCCCUAAUUCUAACUAAUGUAUUAUUUAAUUUUGAUUCAUUCAUGCUUCAAAAUAAAUUCAGCUUAAAUUGAAAUAAUUUUCUACUUUAAAAGCAAUGUACUGCUCAUUUAUUAUUUGCUCCUCUGAAAGAAUAACUACAAAAAGUCAAUAUUCAGAACUGAUGCAAUAUCACUUUGUCACAUAUUUAUUUUGUUAAAAUUCUGUUGAACUAUAACGUUAAAUUUUUAAAAAUCAAUUAUUUGCAAUUUGAUAUAAAUGCUUAUUGUAUUUUUUGUGAUGUGUUAGCAUUGGUUUAUAAUUUAUAGGACACAUAGCUGAUGUUGACAUUUUAAGUAAGUGUUAUUCUAUUUGGUUGGGCUCUACUAUUUAUAAUUAAUUUAUUUUCCGUGACAUUCUUAAUUGAAUGGGGUUUUUUUUCAGACAAUAAAAUAAUCAUAAAGUAACUC